CGAAGUUGGCUUUUAAGAUAGAUACACUUCUAUACGUCGCUUUAUCGUCUCGCUCGUAAGCCUAUCUAUAUAAAGCAAGAAUAUUAUUAUCGCCGGUUAUUACAAUUUCAUUCUUAAUACGCGCAAGUUCUAAAAAAAGAUUAUAAUUAUAUCAAAAAUAUCUCGCACAGAAAUAUUCUAAUUUAUAUUUGAUAUAAUAAGACUUAACAAAUAUAAAUAUCAAUACAGUACAUAACAAGCCAGAUAGAUACGCAAAUAGAUAGAAAGAGGGACAGAGAAAGAAGGUCUUCGGUCACCACCUAGUUCGAUCGAUCGUAACAUUGAAUAUUCUUAUAUACCUAUAUAUACGAAUAUACAUUCAUUCUUCCGGCUCUUUAAUUGUGCGGGAUUUAAAGUAGAGAAGAAAAUAUCUAACAACUCCAACAUUUUAUCGACGGCAGGGAGACAAAAAUGGCUUUAAAAAUUUAUAUCGAUUCACCGAAAGUAAAGUACACAGAGGAUUAUAUUGAGGCGGAGUACGAGUACCAGACUACAAAUGUGUUAGAAGACGAUACUGGCAAGUUCACGGUAAGACCAGUAUCGACGAAACUUUUAAUAAGAACGCAAAUAGAAGUACCAAAACUUGGUGUUAUGUUAGUGGGUUGGGGUGGAAAUAAUGGUACAACAAUAACGGCAGCCUUAAUAGCAAAUAAACACAAACUUACGUGGGAAACAACAACUGGAAUUAAAAAGGCCAAUUGGUAUAAUCAGACUGUAAAAUAUUUAAUAAUUAUCUAUAAAGAUAUUAAAAAUGUAUUUGAUACGAAUUACAGGUAUGGUUCCUUGCUUCAAGCAUCCACCGUUAAAUUAGGGAGCAAAGAUAAUCAAGACGUAUUUGUACCGAUGUCUUCGAUGCUACCUAUGGUUCACCCAAAUGAUAUCGAAAUCGAUGGAUGGGAUAUUUCAAGUAUGAAUCUUGCUGAUGCUAUGGAACGUGCGAAGGUUUUAGAUAUUAAUUUACAAAAACAGCUUAAACCACAUAUGAUCCAUAUGAAACCGAGAAAAAGUAUUUAUUAUGCUGAUUUUAUCGCGUCGAACCAAGAAAAUAGAGUCGAUAAUCUUAUACAUGGAACAAAAGUUGAACAAUUGGCUUGGAUAAGAAAAGACAUAAUUGAAUUUAAAACAUCCAAAAAUUUGGAUCAAGUAAUCAUUUUGUGGACUGCAAAUACAGAAAGAUUUUCAAGGAUUAUUCCAGGAAUAAACGAUACUGCUGAUAACUUAUUAAAAGCCAUUGAUGAAAAUCAUUCUGAAAUUAGUCCGAGUACAAUGUUCGCCGUAGCGGCAGCAUUAGAAGGGUGUACUUAUAUAAACGGUUCGCCACAAAAUACUUUUGUACCAGGAGCAAUUGAAUUAGCUGAAAGACAAAACACAUUUAUUGCGGGCGAUGAUUUUAAAUCUGGUCAAACAAAAUUAAAAUCGGUUCUUGUAGAUUUUUUAGUAUCUGCUGGUAUCAAACCAGUAUCGAUCGUUAGCUACAAUCAUCUUGGAAAUAAUGAUGGAUAUAAUUUAUCUGCACCUCAACAAUUUCGUUCGAAAGAGAUUUCAAAAAGCAACGUAGUAGAUGAUAUGGUUCAAUCGAAUCAAAUUUUGUACGAACCUGGAGAAAAGCCAGAUCACUGCGUCGUUAUUAAAUAUGUUCCGUAUGUUGGCGACAGUAAGAGAGCGAUGGAUGAAUACACUUCAGAAAUAAUGCUUGGUGGUCAUAAUACUAUCGUAAUACAUAACACGUGCGAGGAUUCUUUACUGGCAAGUCCGAUCAUUUUGGAUUUGGUAUUGUUGGCCGAACUUUGUUCUCGUAUUACUUUCCGACACAUAGAUCAAAAGGAUGAAGAAUUUCGAGGCUUUGAAAGUGUUCUUUCUAUACUUUCGUAUUUGUGCAAAGCACCGUUAGUACCGAAAGGUACACCUGUGAUAAAUGCGUUAUUCAAACAACGAGCUGCUAUAGAAAACAUAUUAAGAGCUUGUCUUUCAUUACCACCAGAAAAUAAUAUGCUUCUGGAAUAUAAAAUUAAUUUGAAAAAAUCAUAAUAUUAAACUAAUUCUGAAAUCUGCGAAAUAGAGUAUAUAUAGAUUAUAACAAAAUGUUAAACAAGCAAAUCACGUAUUAUUUUGGAUAUAACCAGCCAGUAUUAUCAAAAAGCAUAUCAUUCCACGUUCAGCAAUAAACUUUUAUCGAACAAUCAAACAGUAAUAAUUUCUUUUCAAUCAUUUUUUCGUCUUGUAUAUUUUCUUAUAUGAUGAAGAGCAUAAUAAAAGUAUUUUCCAUUC